AUGAUCCACCGCGAAGUAGCCGAUGGUCUAGAGCGUCUUUGGAACGUAAGAGUAAACUGCAUAUGGGAAGCCGAUGAAAGUAGUCGCCAUGGAGAGGUUUAUAUAUUCGACCAUGUAUUAAGCAGGAAUGUACAAAUUCAGAUUCGAUUCCUUCCUGGAGGUUUCCAUGCCGCAAUAUUUGCAUAUGGCCAAACAUCUCUGGCAAAACACACACCAUUUUGGGCAAUAAAAACAGAUCCUGGGCUUUUCCAAUUAGUAUCCAAUCAGUUAUUCCAGCAUGUGGCAGACCAGGUUGAUAAGAGCUACUCGCUGAAUGAGAGGUCAUCUCGAUCACACACGAUUUUCCGGAUUAUUCUGGAGUCGAAAGAUGCCAAUCAGAAAGAUGGACCUGUACAUAUAAGCUACCUUAACUUAAUGGACUUAGCUGGUUCUGAGAGAGUUUCUCUGACGAAAGCCUGCUGUGAGCGAAAUGUGAUAAGGCAACUAAGCGAGGGGAAGGAGUUUAUCAGUUAUCGCGAUUCGAAAUUGACUAGACUGCUCUCACAGGCUCUUGGCGGUAAUGCCAAAUCAUUGAUUAUCGGGAAUGUUACUUUAGCUGCAGAGGAGGAGACUAGAUCUACACCAGAAUUCGCCCAAAGCACUAAAACUGUCAAAAAUAAAACGAAAGUAAACAUCUUGUCAGCUACAGAAGAGACACUUCAAGGAUAUCAGAACUUGACUCGCGAUCUCGAAACUCGGCUCAAAAAGCAGGCAAUUAAGCUAAAAGAGAUGGAUAAAAGCAAACAAGAGUAUCUGCUCGAGAUAGAAAGACUAAAAACGGAAGUAUCUAUUGUCGGGCGCUUUCAAAUGGGAGCCUCGGCAUCAACACCGAAAAAAACAUUAAGACGUCAUACUUUUGGACACUAUGGCAACGUAUCACCUAAAAAAGCAUCCCUAGGGUAUAUGCCAUUGAAAAAUUAUCCACCCAAAGAAGAAUCAUCCGGACGUGAAAUGAGGCCUAUUCAAGAAGAGACAUAUGAGGAGGCACUAGCCGAAGCAGAAUCUGUGAUAGCUGAAGACGUGCAAGUGUACUUAAAAGACAACUCAAAGAACUGGAAGAAUCUUUCAAUGAGCUUAGAGAAUUCACUAAACUAG